GAGGCGCUCUUGUCUUCUCCUUCUCUGCAUCUUAUCCAUUCCUCUCCUCCCCAUUCUCUCUGGUAGCACUCUCAGAUCCAACCCUCAGCGACGGCCAUUAGAAGCUUGCCAUGGAAGCUAUGAAGACCGCCGCCGACUGACUCUUCCCCAUGAUCCAUGAUUUUUUCUGCCGACCCGCCUAGCAGUUCUUCUACCACCGGUCACCAUCGUCUUCCUCAACCCCGUCCUGCGGACAUUGCCAGCUCAAUGGACGAUGAUGAUUUCAUAGUCAAGGGGCUUCCACAGCUCUCUGCCAUCUCUGUUACCAUUAGCAGAAGGUAUAUGCUUGAACAGGCUAUCAAGCGAAUCCGCGCUACAAUGCAUGCAUUUGAGCUAACUGAUGAUGAUGAUGCCACGGUGAUGGCAUCAGUGAAAAUCGAUCUACAACCUCACAGCAAAAGCAUAUUGCCAACCCAACAGGUGUUCUUUGGAGAAUCAACUCAAUUUGCCAGCGACGCUGUUGAAUCAGCAUGUUCUGCUGCUUUGUCCUAUCUGUUGAUGACGGGCAUAAUUAUGAUAGAUGACUACAACUCAGCAGAUCUCAAUAAUUGCCAGAGACAACUCAAAGCUGAGCAGUUCUGGUCAUCAGAGCUAUAUGAUCGUGUGGAGUCGUUUAAAAAACAGCUCAGCUCCUUGACUACAACAAAGAAGAGGCCUCGUUCAGAGAGUAAUGAUGAUAGCACUCCAACAGCUAAAUGUGUGAAUAAAUCAGAGGAUGGCCUCAACGACACUCCGGGUUCGCUGCCGCCAAACAAAGAAACAUCAACCAAUGAAACAGAUCACAGCUCCAGCAAAGAAAUAAUAUCUCAGCCUGUUGCCCGCAGAGCUUUACUCUUUAAAGACUAAAUGCACGGAUCACAUGGUGCGUAGACAGGACUAAUGUUGCUCAAAUGUGAGCAUACGUGCACGUGUUCAAGGAGUUUUGCCCUCUGUCUAUGCCUCAAGUCUCAAUGAUGGCUCUCCAUAUUAUCGCUACCAUGUCUUAUUUGUUUUGUUUGCUCAGCAAAUUUUUUUUUGUACAAGAAUUAGACGACACUGGACCUGUAUAAUUAUAUCCUACUCAUGCAGUUUAUUAUGUAAGUUUCGAAUGAUGUUAUCUAUUUCUAUUAAUAUCAUAUCAUGUAUUGGAAACUCUUCUCUAAAGUAGUCCUGCUCUAUGUGAACUUUUAAAUGUUUCAGAGUUUUUGUGUUAAUCCUUGCAAUGUUCCAGUGGUUCUAUAAAUAUGCUAUAUGUAGGUACACCCAUCACUUCCCGCCUGCUAAAGUUAUCUUUUACUAACUUUUUGCUUCUUGCUUCAUUUCUUAGUGUUGUGUAGUCAGCUGUAUUCCAUAGAGAAUUAUUUCAUAUUCUGACAGUACUCCUAUUCAAAUUCCAGCGUUUGCCCAUUUGACCAUUUUUAUAAUGACUUUCUAACAAUUUAAAUGUAUUAAUAUUGUACUCACAAGUUAUUUGUAUCUGGCCCAACAAAAACACAUAUUCCCUGUCCAUAAAAAAAUAGUAAACGCAUCUGCUUUUGGAUAAUGGCACCGUUAUCUAUAAAACCAAAAUUGAAUAGCACUAUUCAUACAUGGUACUGUGAAAUGUUCUACCUUUUAGAGUUUUAAACGCUUGCUAAAGAAAAAUGAGUGCCGCCUAUUUUUUUUCCCCGGCCUGCCUUCUCGUGCUUCUUUUCCUCGCUAAGUCCAUUGCUUCAGAGUACCCCUUUUCUCCUAUGGGCCAUCCGCCUUCUCAGGGCCGAGACGUUGGCCCUUUCCAUCACACGCACCAACCAUUCGUAUUGUCCAUGUAUUCAAGUUCAUAGGCAUAUAUAUUGACAUACCAUGUAUAGUUUUUUUGCAUACAAUGAACUACCACUUUGUUUCAAGAAAUUUAUCUUACGUAUUUGUCCUACUUCAUACUAAUUAAUUGCUUGGAAUUUAUAAACGCUUACAGAAUAUGAUGCCCUAUUCCUAAAAAAGCAAAAAAAAAAAAUUCAGAUACUCCUAUUUUCCCACCUUCUUACACACAUCGAACUCCAUGGAAAUUGGCCUUCAUAAAAAUCACAUUCUUAUUUUCCUUUAUUAUAGCUAAGCUGUUGUGAUGUUCCACCCUAGGAUGUUUGCUACUGGCAGAAACCAUAUCAUGUGUUUUCGAUAUUCAUGUUUUCUGUCGUGAG